AAGGAGGCCGGUGGCACCGAGCAGCCGGAUUCCUCCACCAUGACUCCCCAGGAACAGCAGCAAUACUGGUACCAGCAGCACCUGCUUAGCCUGCAGCAAAGGGCAAAAGCCCAUGCUCAGGGACAGCAGCAAAUGAAAGGUCCAGUAGUGAAGGAUGCACCUGAGCAGAGAGCAAAGUCUGAAGAAGGGAAAAUGAGUGCUUCAACUCAGCAGUCUGAACCUCCUCCGCUUAAUGAAUCCCUGCCUCCAGCUUCCAAAGAAGACGAGUCUUCUCUUACCUCCACUGAAACUCAGCUCAAUAUUGAACCUUCCGAUGACCCCGAGGAAGAUUUGAGAUUGCAGCAAUUGCAAGCAGCAGCAGCUCAAUGGCAGCAGCAUCCCCAUCACCGGGUUGGAUUUCAAUAUCAGAGAAUAAUGCAGAAGCAUGCCCAGCUGCAGCAGAUAGUACAGCAGUAUCAACAGAUCAUGCAACAGCCUCCACACUUACAGACAAUGUCAGUGGACAUGCAGCUGCGACAUUAUGAGGCACAGCAAAAACAGUUCCAGCAGCUUCAUAAAGAUUGGGAGCGAUCAAUGAACCAACAGUGGCAGCAUCAGCUUCAAACCUACCCUCACAAAGACCAGCUUCAAGAGUAUGAGAAACAAUGGAAAGCAUGGGAUGAACAGAUGAAGGUCACUCAGUCUCAUUUGCAGGAGAAAGUGAGCUCACUCCAAAAUCUGAAGAAUCAGUAUCCUGCAAAUGUUUCGCUGCCACCUCCAUUUGUUCCAUAUUCUCAAACCACUCAAGGUGGCAUUCCUAUUAUGCCUCCAACUUUACCUUCAACUACACCUCCGCUGGUCCCCCCACCUCUCUCUUCUGUUUCUCAGUUAUCUAAUUCCUCUGUCCCUUCAGGAUCCAGUUCUCAAAGCAGUCAAUCUACUGAGACACCAAGGCCAGCUCUGCUUCCCACCCCUGGUACCUAUGCAUCAAAAAUAGCUAGUUCAACUGUAUAUUCACCUUAUCAUUCUCAAGUAAGUUCAUCCUUUGGCUCUUCAGACCACGGAAAGUCUCAAGUUCAUCUUAGUAAACAAACUGUCUCUAUUUCAUCUGAGCAAGGAUGUGGGGAACUGAAAGCCACUUCUGCAGUGUCUUCAACACAUACACCUACCGUGCAGGAUAAACCAGUGAGGUCGGGUGGAUUGCUUCCAGAUCCUCCCAGAUCAGCACGUUUUGAAGGCCCCAGAGGCCCUAGAUUUGAUGGACCUCGGGGAAGAGGAUAUGACAAAUUUGAAGGCUCAAGACAGAGAGGGCCUCGUUUUGACUCCCAGCGCUCAGAAGGAUACAGGUCACGUUUUGACCGACAGAAUACAGAUGGACAGUCUUCGAGUAGAUGGGGGACUAUCCCACGAGGACCAGCAGCACAAUUUUAUACUUCGACAAACACAUCACAUGGACAUGGUUCCCGACCUAGUGGUCCACGGUGGAGGGGGCCCAGGCCUCAUUUGGGACAGCAGCAGCAGCAGUCACAGACAGACUCACAGUCAGAAAACAAAGAACCUUUUACAGACGUAGCUGGCAAUCAGCAGACUGUAAGCAGAACACAGCCUACUCCCGAUGCACAGAGUGCAGGUCCCAUUGAGCCGAAUGAGGACCUGACAAACACUCAACAGGAACCAUCCAAACCUGAAGUCAAAGAAACUAUUUCAGACCCUCCUAAAAAGUGGACGUGGAGUUCACAUGAUCCUAACCAGCAAGUAGAAGAGUCCAAAGCACCUACUCCGCCUAUUCAGAACCAGAAAUCAACAUCCCUUUCUAGUAACCCUGUAGCUUUGCAGUCAGGUAUUGCAAGAACAGGUGGUGCGGUAACACCUGUAACAGGAAAUCAGGAUUUGGAUUCACCAGACGGCCAGUUAAUUGCUUCAGAUAGCACCCAGGGCCUACCUGGACCAGAAGGCAGAGGGAAAGGGCCAUUUAUGCAUGAAGAUAGAGGCAAGGGACCAGUAAGCAGAGGAAGGGGCCAGGGCAGACUGGAUGAUGGCUGUGGCAGAGGGCAGGGGGAUGGCCGUGGCUGGGGAAUGGGCCGUGGCCGAGGGAUGGGACGGAUGGACGGUGGCCGAGGGAUGGGACGGAUGGACGGUGGUUGGGGAAUGGGCAGGAUGGAUGAUGGCCAUGGCCGGGGAAUGGGCAGGAUGGACGAUGGCCGUGGCAGAGGAUAUGUUUACAGAGGCAGAGGGCAGGCUAGGCAGGCAUCCAUCCGUGGCAGGGGGAUGUUCAGGAGAGCAGGCAGCAGGGAGAGGAUGCCAGACAGGCGGUCAGGCAGCAGGGAGAGGAUGCCAGAUGGACGGUCUGGCAGCCGAGAGAGGGGACUGGGUGGACGGUCAGAUAGCCACGAGAGGGUAUUCUCUAGCAGAGAUAGAGAGCUAGCUGGGCGGACAGGCAGCCGGGACAGGGGAAGGGCGAGUAGCCGGGAGAGAGGCCCAGUCAGGCGGGCAGAGGGGCCCAGUCAGGCGGGCAGGUAG